GGGGUCCAGGGUUGAGGGAGCAGGACGGAAGUGAGCGGGUCCCGCCCCUUCCCCUGCUGGUCCUGGUUCGAGUCGCCGCUGCCGCCUGCGCCGCGCGCUCUCCGGCGAGCCGGAGUCCCCGUGCCGUACCUCGGUCCCCGGCCACGCGGAGCCGGGAUGCACUGCUCCUGCUGCGGGCUCUCAUCAUGGAGACCAAACGGGUGGAGAUUCCCGGCAGCGUCCUGGACGAUCUCUGCAGCCGAUUUAUUUUGCAUAUUCCCAGCGAGGAAAGAGACAAUGCAAUCCGAGUGUGUUUUCAGAUUGAACUUGCCCAUUGGUUUUACUUGGAUUUCUACAUGCAGAACACACCAGGAUUACCUCAGUGUGGGAUAAGAGACUUUGCUAAAGCUGUCUUCAGUCACUGUCCGUUUUUGCUGCCUCAAGGUGAAGAUGUGGAAAAGGUUUUGGAUGAAUGGAAGGAAUAUAAAAUGGGAGUACCAACAUAUGGUGCAAUUAUUCUUGAUGAGACACUUGAAAAUGUACUACUGGUUCAGGGGUACCUAGCAAAAUCAGGCUGGGGAUUUCCAAAAGGAAAAGUAAAUAAAGAAGAAGCUCCUCAUGAUUGUGCUGCUAGAGAGGUCUUUGAAGAAACUGGUUUUGAUAUCAAAGACUACAUUUGUAAGGAUGAUUACAUUGAACUUCGAAUCAAUGACCAGCUCGCUCGUUUGUACAUCAUUCCAGGAGUUCCAAAAGAUACAAAAUUUAACCCGAAAACCAGAAGAGAAAUUCGAAACAUCGAGUGGUUCUCCAUUGAGAAAUUGCCUUGUCAUAGAAAUGACAUGACCCCCAAAUCCAAACUUGGUUUGGCCCCUAAUAAAUUUUUUAUGGCCAUCCCUUUUAUCAGGCCACUAAGGGACUGGCUUUCCCGAAGGUUUGGCGAUUCCUCGGACAGCGACAAUGGAUUUUCCUCAUCUGGUAGUACACCAGCUAAACCCAUUGUGGAAAAAUUGAGUCGAACCAAAUUCCGCCACAGUCAGCAGUUAUUUCCUGACGGUUCUCCUGGUGACCAGUGGGUGAGGCACAGGCCGCCGCUGCAGCAGAGGCUAUGUAAUAAUCAUUUGGAAAUGUCGGACCUUUUAAAAGCAAAGAAUCAAAGUCUGCGAGGAAAUGGCAGAAAACAGUAUCAAGACUCACCUAAUCAGAAGAAGAGAACAAAUGGGGUCCACAGCCAGCCAGCCAAGCAGCAGAACUCCUUGAUGAAAUGUGAAAAGAAACUUCAUCCACGAAAACUUCAGGAUAAUUUUGAAACAGAUGCUGUUUAUGACUUACCUCGCACCAGUGAGGACCAGUUGCUGGAACAUGCUGAGGGACAGUCUGUGGCAUGUAAUGGACAUUGCAAGUUCCCCUUCUCAUCCAGAGCCUUUUUGAGUUUCAAGUUUGAUCAUAAUGCUAUAAUGAAGAACUUGGACCUUUGAUAGCAGCAGACAGAGAAGUCCCAAGGUCAGAGACCGUGGUCGUGAGUGUCUUCUCAAGCCUUACCUUUCUCAGGUGUUUUAAAGAAAUGCAGAAGGCAAUGCUUCUGAAGAAAAAGUGGAAAGAACACAUGAGUUUGCACUGUAAACGCAUUUAUAAUCUUUCAUGCAGAUUUACCUUUUCAGUGUUUGGUCUAAGUUCAAGUUGAUUUUUUUUUAAGGGCAUUUAUUUUGUGUCACUGUGGGCUUUAUUUUGCAUUCUGGCCUAGAAAAUAGUGUUUUGAGUUAUCAAGUAGCCGAGUUAAUGGGAAUGCUCUGUCUGCCUAUCGUAGUGAUUAUAAUAAUAGUUUACUUAUUGAAAGUUUUUAAGGAAACUUAAAAUACCAAUUGUUAAAUGAACACAAGAGCUGAAAUGUCGCACAUGUCAAGAUUGUGUGUGCGUCGUCUGCUUUGGUGGCAUUCUGUGCAUUCCCCUGCUUCUCACCACUGAGGCUCUCUGAUCUCUGUGGGCAGUUCUGAUGAAGGGAUUUAUUUAGAGCCAGCUUCUGCAAUACAGUGUUCACGUUCAAAGUGAACUCUUAGCACUUCAUAAGGACAAAGUCUGCAACCUGGGGGGGGAUUGAGUUGAGGAGGCCUUGAUGCUGUAUUUUGAGUCAUGUGGCAAUGCAGUUGGUAGUAGACCCGAAAGACUGCUGGAGAGAGGGCGGCAGGGAGAGCUGCCCGGCUGUGGUCACGUUGGGUCGUGUCUUUACUAUCUUGCCUCCAACCCUUUAGUAUUACACAAUGACUUUAUUCUUGUGGAAAUUUCUUCUGUAUCCCAAUAGUGUAAAUAUGUAUGGAAAACUGACAUUAUCGAGUUUUAUAUCACAUCUCAGUGUUGAUCUAUGGAAACUGAUGGUAUAUUAGGUUCCAAUUUGCAAUAGUAGCAGAGACUGACAGGCUUUUAUUGGCGUGCUGAAGCCCCUGGGUGAUGGAAUGGGAAGGGGUAUACAGUUACCCAGGUACACAGAAUGCAUUUCACUAGGU